AGCAGUCGCCACUCGCGCAUGCACGGUGCGGCGCUCGGCCGCCAUUUUGGGAAGCGGAGGUUGGAGCCUUUUCCGGGGGUAUGUUUUACCUCAGCCCCGCGAGCAUGGCGGUGCCCGUCUGACCUCAGGGAGCCCGCUGGAAAAGCGAGCCGCGUCGUCCGUUUGAGGUUGGUGUUGCUACCUAAAAACGCGGCUUUGGAGAGGAUAAGAGUCAAAAGCGCGGGUCGGGUGUCGGGUCCGCGUGAGCGGGGAUGCGCCUGGGGUCCCUCGAAAGGAUCCCUUGGGACUCUUGUCCUGCGCUUCCCGCUCGCUCUCUGGCGCCGGGUGGCGGGGUCGGGGCACGUUGUUCCCAGCCGGGCGGGUGGGGGGGAUGCGUGACACGGGAAGAAGACGGAAGGCCAGACCCCGGGCUCGGUGAGGGUUGGCUAGUAAACACGCGGACAUGCUGCGUGAAACGAGUGACAUCCCAUAACCUGCGCCUGGUGGGCGUCCCACAGAAAAGGGCACGAUUAAAAUAGCACGGUGACACAGUGUCUCAUUAUUAACCCACAGGGAGACUAAAAAAUAAUAAAAAUUAUAAGAUGCCUGUUGGGAAUUAUGUUCUCAGAUAAGCAAGGGGCUGGCUUUAGUUUAGCAUAUUUUACUGGCCUGUUCGUUUGGUGAUUAUAAAUAUGAAAUUUAACAUACUCCGAUUGUAUGUUACUAACGCACAAGGACAACAUUAUUUUAUUUAGUAACCUGCAGCUAAACGGAUGUGCUUACUAGGGUAGCAGGCAGGGCUGGAUUUAGGUUUGAUGACGCCCUAAACUACUGGAGGUAAUGGGGCCCUUUAUAUGUCCAGCUGUCCUUUGUCAACAACAAAUUGUCGCUGUUUUUUGUGUUGAAUAUAUGCCAUAUGGUAAUUUAUGGAUCUCAUAGGAUCUCUAAAGCCAUUUGCCUACACAACACAAAACACUUGCUGUAUGUAGGUUUUCUUUAAUUUUUUUGGGAUCCCCAAGAGAGUGGGGCCCUAAGCUAUAGCUUGUUUAGUUUAUACGUAAAUCUGGCACUGGUUGCAGGCCCUUCCCCAUGAUUUCUGACUGAUUUUAAAAUGCAGCCCUUCACUUAUGUCCCACUCUCUUUCUCAGGGAAGAAAUGCGCAAAAAUGGAGCUUUACAGAACAAUCCUAUAUAAAUAAGUUCCAUUCUGUUUCAUAGGACGGCCACAGUUCGGUAAUAGAACAUCUGCUAUGUGUGCCGAAAACCCCAGGUUCAUUCUCUGACAUUCUCAUGUAGGGCUGUGAAUAUCCCAUGCUUAAAAACUUGGAUUAGGUAAAGGUAAAGGUACCCUUGCCCAUUCGGGCCAGUCUUGCCAGACUCUAGGGUUGUGCGCUCAUCUCACUCUAUAGGCCGGGAGCCAGCGCUGUCUGCAGACACUUCCGGGUCACGUGGCCAGCGUGACAAAAACUUGGAUUACUGCUGCAAAUAAAUGUUAACAGGGUAUAGGCAACAUGAUGUUUUCCCUAUGUUUUUUUGAGAUAACUCCCAUUGUCCCUGACCUUUGGUUGUGCUGAUUGGGGCUCAUGGGUGUUGUAGUACAACAACAUCUAGAGGACACCAUAUUGGUUACUGCUGGUGUAGCCCCUACUGUGCUAGAUGGGUCAAUGGUCUGGCUGAGGGCAAGGCAGCUUCCUAUGUUCCUAAUGGGGAUUAGCACCAUCUAAGCGUGCGUAGGAUUGCAGCCUUAAUUAGGAAAUGAGUCAGGUGUAGGUGGAUACUGGAGAAGAGUAACUGAUAACAUGCUGUAAACAUAUUGUUUUAUUAUUUUAAGAUGCUUCAUGAUGAGUGUAAGCCAAGAUACCUUGAAAGUCAAGAUGCAUCAGCAACAGAGCCCUGUUCUAAAAGGAUGAAAUCAACAGAAGAGCCUUAUGGUAAAUCCUAUGAUGGCUUGCAAAGACUUCAUGAAGAAAUACAUGUUAAAAAAACCCAUAGUGGGUUUAUUCCUUUGUCCAUUUCUGAUGAAGAGGCACAAAAUGAAAAAGAAACUGCAGCAGUAAAGGCAUUCACGGGUAAAAUACCAGUGUCAUCAGAGCCUUCAAAGUCGGUAAACAAUACUGAGAUUACAAGAAACAAAAGUUUUUCUCCUCCUUCCAAUACCAAUAUACGUAAAAACAGAGAAGACAAUGACUUCAUCAAAGAGCAUAAGAAUGAAGAGAAAGAAUUAUAUAGCACAAGCAAAGCCUUUAUUGGACCCAUUUAUAAAAGUAAAGCUGAUUGCAUACGUGAUCAAAGGAAAAAGAGAGAAAUCGUGCCUAAACAGGCUCUCCCUGGUGAUGUGCCAAAAAUAGAAGAUGAAUUGUCCCAAUUCUAUAAUGAAAUUGAUCAGCUUGAAAGUGAAAGUGAUGAAAAUCGUUUUGAUGGUCACUUACAGGGGAGAGAAACAAAUUCACUUGGGGAAUAUAAUACAUGGAAUCCAAUGGCUUGUGUAAAUUCUCAAGAAUGGUCCUGUAGAACAUCACCUGGUGGUGAUCAGUGUUUUUAUAAUAAUGCACCAAGUGAUCGUAGAAUAGGCAGUGAACAGUAUCCAUACAAUGACCCAUCGGGUCACAGGAGUGACAACAGACGGUGUUGUAACAAUGAAAGAGAUGUAUGGGAAAUGAGACAAUUAUGUAACAAACAGGAUAGUUCUAGAUUCUGGAAUGAUUCUGUGUCUCAGUUAAGGCCUAGUUGGCAAAACACGCAUCCUUUUAUAAUACCUUAUGGCCCACCACCUCCUCAAUUCACUCCUCGUUUUAAUUUUCAGGAACCUAAUUCCUCAUCACUUCGUUCAGAUACUUUCCAUCCCCCAAAUGUGGGACCAUUCAAAAAUAGCCAUAUUAACAUGAGUAGUGCAACAUCUGAUGAAAAUAAUGCCUAUCAUUUUAGUAAUCAUAAUAUACAGCCCACCAGAAAUGGAUAUAACAUGCCUGAUGGACACAUGGAUAAUGGUUUCUGUGAAACUCGACCAUGUUGGAAAGAAAUUAAAACUUAUCCAGAUGAAGGAUCAAGCAACGUUUCUCAGCAGUUUCCAGAGGGCAAGUUAUAUGAGUCACAAAAGCUGCUUCUGAUUUUAAGAGGUCUUCCAGGCUCAGGGAAGACAACAUUAUCUCGGUAAGAGAAUGACAACUUAAUUUAAAGAAAGAAAUCUGUUUCGUUUGAUUUAUUGUUUGUUGAUGUUUCAAACAUCAUGGUCAUUUCAACCACCAAAAAAAAUAAUUAAUAUAUAUAUAAAUACAACAUUAAAACAAUAUCAACCUAUCUGUCUAUUUGUCUAUAUAAAAAAGAAAGCUGAAUAUUUUAUGUUGUAGACUCUUGUUCCAUUAAAACAUUUUUAUUUUUUGAGAGCAAUUCAAAUCACCCAAGACCUUUCACUGGUGAGACAGUAAUCGUUAAAUGGCAUAUGUGUUAGUAAUAAAUUUUGCUUUUUCAGUAACACAUUUGUUGACCAUUGUUUAAAAGUUUAAAGCAUAAUAUUGUUUCUAUUUUGUAACUGAAGUUUUGAGUUGAAUAAUUCCAUGAUUGCAUAUUGUUCCUUUUAGUUUGUAUUUUAUUGUAUUUUUUGUAUACUGUACUGCCUUGAGAACUUCAGUUGAAGGGUGAUCAUUGUUGUUGUUAUUAUUUAUUAAAUUUGUAAGCUGCCCUUCGUCUGUACAUCUGAGGGUGGUACACAGAUUAAAUAUACAAGAUAAAAACACAAAAUACAUAAUAAAAGCAAGAACAAAACAAGCCAAUAACCCAUCGUUUGAUAUUAUUAUAACAGUUAUGACAAUGAUAAAUAAUGGGUUGUCUCUAAAGUUGUGCUAUGUGAAUGUUCUGUCAGUGCAAUGAUUUCUGCUUGAACAAUUCAACAUUCUUCCUUGCUCCUCCCCAUUCACAUGCCCUAAACUUGUUGUAACGGGUCCCCAAACUCUCUGGAACCAAUUUGGGGAAGUCAUGGAUAUAGGAAGGUGGGAAAAUUCCAUUGCUUAAGCAUAAAUCCUUGCAGAACGAGUGCACCGAAUACCAUCCAUUAUUAUUUUUAUUUAAUCCUGAAAACUCCCAGUGAUUGAAGCUGAUUUUGAAUGGUGCUGGUAUUUUUUUAAAAAACAAAAAUAUUUGAAUGUCUCCUCUUACUUUCUAUUGAGGAUCACAAGAUAGGGGUUAGGAUCUUAGGAGUCCUGACUUUGAAUUUCAGCUCAGCUAUGGUUGAUUUGGUCUGAAAGUUCUUAUCCAGAGUUUCCCCCACGUAUGAUAGCAAUAAUGGUAGUUUGGUGUAAGGAUUAAUGCAUGUAGGGCUAUAAAGAGUACUUGUUUGUUUCCAUGCAUUUUAAGUUUAAAAACAAAACAUUAAAAGUAGAAACUAGGUACAACAAAAUAAUUUUGUGGCACCUUAAUGGCAGGCAUUUACUAUGGCUUUUGUGAACUAUGGUUGGGAGAUGAUCUAUUGAGAGUUUCUUGUGGCUGAAUUUAAAACUGCUCCUAGUCAUGGAGCAUUCUAGGUAAUGAGGUUCUAACUUGUGCAGAUUGGCUGACCCUUCAGUGUUUUAUGUUCUAUGAAGCAAGUCUGGAUGACCCCACAGUUGGUCCAUCAGGAGUAGAAAUUCACAUCUUGUAUCCUCUGGGAUAUUUUUUCUACAGUCUUUGUGGACUGAAAGGAAAAUGAAGGAAGCCAGGAAUAUUUUUUGCCAAUAUUCUAUGGCCAGUUUUAGCAAGUGAGCUGAUGUAGAAGUUUUCACUAGAGAAGUUUUGUGCUCUGGGCUUCAGGGAAGGUGUGAAAUGUAGUGAGAUAAAUAUGAGGUUUAUAAAUAGUUGGCUUUGCAAUGGAAACCAAAAGUACCUCCAAAAUAAAUGAAUAAAGUGUAAUAUGUUUUGCUUUCCAAAAACAAGAUUUGGCUAUCUUGUAAUAGUGUUGCCUUUUCCUUUAACAGUAUUCUGCUUGGUCAGAGUCGUGAUGGCAUAAUAUUCAGCACUGAUGAAUACUUUCGGCAGAACAAUGGAUGUUGGUCAUAUAAUGUUGGUCAACUAGGUGCUGCUCAUGACUGGAACCAGAAGAGAGGUGUGAAUAUAUUAAUCAUGUAUAAUUUUGUUAAUGAUAUACUUAAAAGUAUGGAUUUAUUGAUACAAGGGUUUGUGGUAGAAGAUCCACCAACAUGUGCAGUUGGUAGCCUAUUCCAAUAUACAGAAUGGAUACAUCUCUUUUCCCAAGACUGGACAAAUGAGCCUGUGGUUGUCAGAUGCAAUAAAGGAAAGAACUCCUCCGCCCUUGAUAGUUCUGGGGCAUGUAAAAGUUUAAACAGGUUUUCUUAUGUUCCUACAGUAGUAGGAAAAGUUACAUUUUCUGAAAUUCUUUUUACGCAGUUAUGAAAUGCACAUGAGCUCUACUGCGCCCCAAACACAACAGUAUCACUGUCACACUAUUCUUGUGUACAGGAGCUGGCUUGUCUUCUCUUUGUAGAUGCAACCAUUUUGACUUGCAAAGGCCACUUUGUCAAUUUCUCACAGAAGUCUCUUUAUUUAGAAUUACUUGACUAAUGAACUAAUCAGUUUUGGUCAAUUGUGAACCUUGGUGGGAAAGAACAGAUAAGGCAGCUAUUGGUAUUAUAUAGGAAAACUUUGCCCCUGACCUGAAGUUGAUUCUAAUGAGAUCCACUGAAGAGGAGUUUGUUGUAUCGUUGGCAAUUUUAUAGAAGACUUUCUUUUUCUAACCUUGUUAAUUGAAGCAAGUGAUAUUUAUAAUUGCUGUUUGUAUAAUUUAUUAUGAUUUUAUUGCAGCAAGACAAGCAAUGGAUCAAGGAAGAUCCCCAAUUAUAAUAGACAACACUAAUACACAAGCCUGGGAAAUGAAACCUUAUGUAGAAGCGGUAAAUAAAGCAGCAUAUUUCUUAUGGAAACUCACUUCCUUCUCAGUGAGAAAACUAAAUGAAUUAAUCAGUCUGAUUUUAUUUUUGACAUAAUCUACAUUUUGUAUUAUCUUCAGCUUAUUAUAAUUUAUGUAUGUUUCUGUAAAUCCUAAGCCUUUUUUUUUGGCAAAAUACUGUUUUUCAGUCUGCUGAACUUGCAGCCCAAUCCUAUGCAUCUUAGUCAGAAGUAAAUUCCACAUAUUUAAAUGGACUUACGCCCUGAUGUGUAUAAAAUAGCAGCCUUUAUCAGAAAAGCUAGUUUCUUAUACUUUAUUUUGGAAGUUACUACUCUGUCACUAUUCCUUUUAUAACCAUAAUUCUUUAUCUUUGUUUAGGCUCUAGAAAAGGGCUACCGAAUAGAAUUCCAUGAACCAGACACAUGGUGGAAGUUUGACCCAGAAGAAUUAGAAAAGUGAGGUCUAUGUUUUGGUUUUAUUUAAAAAUACACGAAAGCUUUAAAGUUUAUUAUUUUGGUUAUGUAACCAGUGAGUCAGCUUUCGAACAAUGGCAUAAAUCAACUUGUAAGGCUUCUCCCUACUUCUUCAGCAUUAACCCUGCCACUAACUGUCCUUUUGACAACCAUUGUAUGCGCUUGUCUCACUGAGGAUUGUGUUCUGCACACCUUUCAGUUUCACCCUCCCCUUUUCUAUUCAUAAAGCUUUGUAGAAAUGAAUGGUAAUAAUACCAUAUUUUUCGCCCCAUAGGGCGCACCGGCUUUCCUGCCUCCCACUUUUUCACAGCCCCUGAAAAGUCACUCCUGAAGGGUGUGGGAUAUGACAUGGGUGAAUGCUGUGAAUGGCGGGCUGCAAUUGAUUUAAAUUGGGGACUUGCCCUUUUGUGAACAGAAGUGCCUUCUGCAUAUUCCAUCACUCCACUGGAUCUAAGCCAGUAUUUAUAAUUAUUUCAAGAAAGCAGUAAAUGGAGUUACUGGGUGCACCACCUAAAAAUAUAACCUAGAUUAAAAUAUUGUCAGACUUUUUAAAGUGUUUUCUCAUUCAAACUUAAUUUCAGAUCUUCAAGAAACUAGAUUGUUGAACAUGCAUAUAAUUUCCUUAGGAUCAUGAUGAUGCUCAUUUAAGUGACAGGGCUGGUGGUAGUAGGUUUUGGUUUUGCUCUUUAGUGAAAAAUGACCACUGGGAAACUGUAACUUUGCAAAAAGGAAUAGCAAAGGAGAGCAGCAGCAGCCUAAUCCUUUCUGCCAAAAAUUGCUGUUUGCCAGCUGUCUUUCUGCCCCUGAGCAAAAACAUAUAGGAACCUGCUUGACCCUGGACAAGCUUCUAGAAUAAAGACAAUUUGAAAGCAUUCUGAGAGAUUCUAUAAAUUGAUCAGACUUGAACUUCAUUUCUUGUUUCUGUAGGAGGAAUGAACAUGGGGUCAACCGUGAGAAGAUUGUUCAAAUGUUGGAAAGAUACGAAUAUCAAAUAUCAAUACCCAUUGUCAUGAAUUCGGUCCUGCCUUUUCACAAAACUUCACAGUGGCCACCUCCACAAAGAAGACAGAGGUGGGGAGCCUCUUCAGACUCUUGGAAUACUUUCAGUGUAUCAAAUAGCCAAUAACUCAGGGUAUACUUGCUAAGGCUAAUUCUCUUUUCAGAAAGCAAGCUAUAAUAAAACACAGCGUUAAUAAAUUGAAAUUUUAAAGCCAGCUUAACUCCUAGUGUCGGAUUGUUUCCAAACUAUUCUGCUACUUUCUUUUGAGGGUUAAAUAAUCUUAAUGCAGAUAAUUAUCCCUUGGGGAAUGUUUAUAAAUAAUGUAAAUACAUGUUUAAUAUUAAAAUUGAAUGUUAAAUAUUUUUAAAAUAUAUAUUUGUACUAAUCUUGGUUUUGAUUAAGCCCUGUGACAAUGUGGAUACACCAGGUGGUUUAUCAUUGGAUUUUGACACAAGAGUUUUUGCAUUGUAAACUGCUGAGCAGUUUCUUUAAGAAUUCUGAAUAGAAUAUAAUGAAUUUUUAAUAAAUGCAGGUAACCAGAAGAAUAACUCAGUGUAUAUAUAUAGGUGUUGCAUUUGAACCUUUUUUUUACUGCUUUCAAUCGCAGUCCAGUUCUAACAACUUUAUACCAGUUAUUUCAGUUAAGUUUAUUAAUCACAUGUUGACAUCAAGCUGAAGCUCACUUUUCCAUUGCCAUUUAUUCUUUGAGGUUGUUUGUUGUUCAGUCAGUUAGUUAUGACAGUAGUAGUCUAGACCCUGCCCUGCAAUUAAAACCUGUGACUUCAAAACAUCAGCAUACAGUUUAAAUGGAAUUCUGAUAAGUUCAGUUCUUGAGAUUUUAAUUUGAAUAUUACAUUGUCUUUUUCUAAGUUCACACUAUUGUGGUAUGUGAAAGUUUGCUUUUUUUGUUUGGUUAUGCGGCUUUGUCAUGAAAGAAGCAAUAAAUGAAAUACACUGAAAAAGCUGGAACUGUAUACAUAUAUGUGGACAUUGGAACCAGUUACUUAAAACCACAUUACAUGAACUAUGAUAUAGGCAGUAGCCAAUUCAUCAGAAGUUUGAGGCUGAGCUGGCAUGAGGCUUAAUUAUUGUUCUAAUUUUGGUUUUUUACCAUGUAGUGAAAAUUUACUGAAUGUUUGCCUCUUUUCUUGUCACCCAAUUGCUGUGCUCUCUUGUACUAUUGUUUCAGCAAUCCAUUGUCAGUGUAAUACAAUUAGUGUCUUGAGUCUAGCUUUAUGGUUUAAGUUGAAUGAAAAUAUUAAAAUACCAGUGUGGUCCAUUAGGGCUCUCCUGUUGUGGGUUGAGAGGUAACUCUUGGGAAUAUCAGGUAGUGACUUUGUCUUAAAGCAACCUUAUUUGUCCUGUUCUACAUGGAAAAUAAAUCUAACAUAAAAGACGCACUUUCCAUCUCUUGAUAAAGAAAUAUGUUUGCAUGACACACAGUUGAAAAAUCUUGACUUUACAUUCAGAACAUUUUUGUGUUUGCUCUGGAGACAUGCUUUUGUCAAACUUGUUGGUAUCUAUAAAUCUCUAAACAAAAUAAAAAUGGCUUAUAUCUGCUUUAUAAAUAUGUAUUCUUAGGAGGCCAUUGCCAUCUUAUUUCAGUAUUGCUACUCAAAAGUGCCUGCUUUGGCCCUUUGGCAACUAUUUCAGCUCUGCAUUGUUUCCAUCUGAGAAAGCACAGUGUAGUUAUCUGUUAGUUGCACAUAUGCUUUUCAUGGCUUUAAAGGGCAGUAGUUGUUGGGGAGGCAGAGAUAGUUUGCUACUCACCUGCUUAUUUAGAGACAAAUAUUGCUCACCCCAGGUGAGCAGAGAGACUGCAAAUUACUGCUACUAUAUGCAGAUCACUUAAUUGUCAAAGACAAUUAUGAAACCUGGUUUUGAGUUUUACUAAUAAGGGGCUGUUAAUAUGAGACCUUUGUGGAGCAAGACAAACUUUAGGCUUCUGUGAAGGAAAAUGCUAAUUGCUCAUAUGUAUGUAAAUGAAAAUCUGAUGGCUGCACCAGUCACUGUAGAAAUCUCAACUUCUUGGCAUUAGCUAGGAAAGGAUUUUAAAAUAUGUCAAUCACAUUUGCAACUUUUGCAUUAAGCUAGCUUACACAAUUAAACAAUAUAAUGCUUUUUACCACAUUUCUGUAGAAGCCACUGAAUCACUAAUACAAAAAUAGCCUCAUUUAAAUAGCUAGGAUUAUAAGCUGUGGGCUGAGUGUGUAAAUAAUUGGUACCCAGGACGUUCAAGUUAAAAAUGUUCCUACAGUUUGCCUCAAGUACAUUUCUCUCCCUCUUUUAUUGCUCUUUAACAUGGAGAUUCAACAUUCGUGCUACUGCAUUGUGGUCAAACAGUCCUUAAAAAGGCAGGAUAUAUUUAAGGAUAUACUGAUAAUUGGCACUUUGGUAAAUACUGUGAUUUAGUAACCAUAUAUAUGGAAGACCAGCAACUUAGUAUAUCGUGAACUACUAAUGGAAGCUCCAUUGGAAAUGCAUGGCUGCUGCAGAAGAGCACAAGAAUGACCAACAUAACCAAUAAAGUACAUGCAUAUUACACGUGCCUCAUUUGAAGAACGCAACAAGAGUUGCAAAACAAGUCAACUUUGGGGAAAGAGGCUGAAGACGCCAUAGAAUAGAUUGGUUGUAUGUUUUCUAUCAUUUUGCUCUUGUGUUCAGAGCCCUGCUCAUUUGCAUGGGGCAUACUCAUGUAGUUUCUGCUACAUUGCACCAAGUUUGCAAAAAUAUCAUAGUAAGUGUGUGUGUCAGCCCUGGAAUGGUGAUCAGAUAUAACCAACAUACUUUUGCUACUGCGAGGGGAAACUUACAUAGUUCCUAUAGCUUUAAAGGUUAGUUAACAAAGAGAUGAUUUCUGUGGAUGAAAACCAGACUUGCUCCACCUGUCUACCAGUUUUUAAGAUCCUGCCUUGAAGCAAACCCUCUAAAAAACUGCCACCAGAGAUUUUCAGGGAGCCUAUGGAGUGUUUCAUCCUUAAUGGGAUUUUCUUUUUCUUGUGCUUAAGCGGAGGUUCUGUGUCACAUACACAAGGGUUUUAGAUACUGGUUUAUGCUUUGCAGAAAUAUCUUAAAACAGUACUUUUUAAAAGUUGAAAUUAUUCAAAUGCUAACUUGUACUGUUUAACAAAGUACUUAGUUACUAAAUCUGGAAAAGUAGAAGCAAGAUAGUAGCCAUGAUCUAGGGAUGUUGGCACAGAAUGUAUUCUUUGUCGCUCCUACCACACUGAAAAUUUCUGCAGGCAUCAGAUGUGGAUAUUCACAGCCAUGGCAAGAGACUGAUUGAAAGGCUCAUUCUCACAUAGCCUGACCAGAGUUGAUGUGUGUGGUAAAUGAACCUGUUACGUCAUCUGGUAGAUCGUUUUAUUUGAGUUUUAAUUUUUGGCUUUGUGUAGCAAGCAAUUACCUGCAAGUGAAGAGGGUAUAUCUCUGGAUCUACCCUUAUUUGCCCCACACACUUAAAACCUGAGUAGGGUUGCAAAUGAGGUUACAUGGAUAUGCAUAUGUAGGAACUCUAUGAGGUAGGUAGGAUGUUCAGUUAAAGGUAAUUUCUUGAACCUUAGUUAUAAGAGUCAAGUGUGCUAAUAUAAGCCUUUUAUCUUUUCUAAUUAUUUCUUAAUAGCCUUUGUAUCUGAUAAGGUUUGCUGUAUAGGUGUGUAAACAGCAACAAAUUACCUUUGUUCGGUUUGAUUAUUCAAGGUUUUUGCUAGCACAGCUUUCUGUUUCAUUUUUUUAAAAAGAUAAAAGGGCAGGAGAGGAUCAAAAGCUUGCUGUAUAAGUCAGACUCGUCAGGAAUAAAGUCUUUAAAAUAUUUAAUGUUGUUUUUGUUCAGUGACUUGCGUGUGUUCCGCUUUUUAAUGUGUAUUUGUGAAAUGUGCAUGUAAAUACUUUUUAAUAGAAAUUUUAUUAAAUCUAAAAAAUUGAAUGAUAUUUUGCUGCUUAAUUUGUUUGCAGAUGUUGCAUUUUGAAUGUUUUCCAGUAGUAGAGGUUGCUAUGAGUAUCCAGUCUGGUAACUUUAAUACGUUAAAUAUAUAUAUAUAUUUAACAAUGUUCAUUUUGUCACUUGAUUGUUGUGUCAGUAUUUUGAGUACAGUCAUACCUCAUGUUACGUCCGCUUCAUGUUACGUUCUUUCAGGUUACGUCCCGCGGAGACCCAGAAGUACCGGAAAGGGUUACUUCUGGGUUUUGCCACUUGCGCAUGCGCAGAAGCGCAAAAUGAUGUCACGUGCAUGCGCAGAAGUGACAAAUCGCAACUUGCGUGUGUGCAGAUGCGCCACUGCAGGUUGUGCUCUUUUCAUGUUGCGAACGGGCCUCCGGAACGGAUCCCGUUCGCAACCAGAGGAACCACUGUAUCUACAACAGGGAUUGUAAAAAUAUCUCACUUUCAGUAACUGGCAAGGUGUCUUCCCCCAUUGGUGAGUGGGAUGUGUAGAUGUAGCUCCACCCAUUCACCAGUGUGAUGCAGUUACAUCAUGUAAGUGUGGGUGGAUUGUCCUGCCAAAAGUUGGCAUGAUUUAUCAACAAUCAGCCUGCAUUUCCUCCUUAUAGCAGGCAAGGAGCUACUUUGUUCCUAGUCAUAAACAUUGAGAAACCUUGUGUUCAUAGUUCCUGCAUGUUGCUGCCAUAAAUGGGGGGGCGGGGCGGGGAGCAAGAAAUAAUUUGUGUUAACAAAGAAUUAGUGUUUUGGGAGGAGAACUAACAUUUCCAAGAUGGGCUUCUUGAAAGUGUAAUGGUAAUGAGAGAGAAUCAAGUACCUGAUCUAGUGAAUGAAAAUGAAUCUGCUCUGCACAAUAUCUUCCAAUACUCACAAUGUGUGAAGAGGGUGGGCUGUGGGUAUAAAAGUGGUUGGUGGUGAACUAACUGCUUGGUAAGGAAGUAGUAGGGUUUUAAAAAAUUCUACCAUGAGAAAGAAUACAUAUUUUCCAUUUGAUUUAGAUCGAUUUAGGAUGCAGCCCUAUGGUCUGUGUCUCUGGGGCAGCAGGACAUUGUUUUCCUCCCUCUCCGUUGACAAGGAUGUCUGCUCCCAGAGGCCUCUUUGUCGCAGCUGUGGAAGGGGCUGUUGGUACUCUGGUAGCCAUAGGAGGCAGAUUGAGAGUCGCUUUAGAUGAGGACGCAAAGCUCCCCUGUUCCCAUGACAAAGCAGGGGGUGAGGGUGGGUGGGUGGAGCUUGUAUGCUUAUUUUCCUUACAGUCACUACCCCCUCCCCUCCCCCAUCUUACUUCUGGGCCAGUAUGUGAAUAGGAGGGCUUUGUAUUUGUAGCCCUUCCACCAAAUAUUCUCCCCCAGCUCCCACAGAAUUGCUUUGCCCGGUAACAUCAAAAACGUGGCUAAUGCAGCUAACAAUAGAAAUCAGUCAAAGCAAGACAUUAAAAUGUCAAAACAAAACCAAGUAGGCAAAACCAAGUAGCCACCCAGAGUGGCUGGGGAAACUCAGCCAGAUGGGCAGGGUAUAAAUAAUAAAUUAUUAUUAUUAUUAUUAUUAAAGAGAUGAAAUACCAAAUAAUGCUAAUCAGAUAAAUUAAAGUCCUGCCAGCAUAAAUAUAACUUAAGGAGGUCAUGUUAAAUUAACCAAGUAGAUUGCCCCCUUUGUGUUUCUGCCAAUCAUACUUGGGGAAAGGUGGGACAUGUAAAAUGCCUACUUGGUUGAUCUUAGAUAGCAAUAAGGUUUACAUGGCAGUCCUCUUGAAAUCCUAGUCCCAAACAAUUUAGGGCUUCAAAGAUGAUAACCAGUAUCUUGAACUCAGCCUGGAAGUGGAUCAGUGGUGAGUACAGCUGGGGGCAGCGGUGGCAAAGCAGUUGUAUGCUCUAGAAAACUAGCCCCAGCUAGAACUUUUGUAGUAGUAUUUGUACCAGCUGUACUUUCCAAAUGCUUCUCAAGAGCAAUCACUAUGAAGAGUGUGCUGUCAGUAGUCCAAAUAAUUAACUAAGGCAUGUGCAACCAAAACCUGAGCUCCUCUAAGCACGGGUGUGGUUUGUGCAGCAGCUUAAGAUUUUGAAAGGCUUACGAUUCUGUUUAAGAUUAGAUCAAGGAUUAUUCCUAAACCAUGAGCCUAAUUUGUGGGGAGGAAUGUAGUUCCAUCCAAUAUAGGCAACAAUCUUGUUCCCUGUUCUUAGCGAUCAGGAGAAUCUCUGGGAUGAGUCUCAUUUUAUUGGCCCAUAUUAAGUCCUUCAGUGAUACGGCCCUGGUUCAAAAUUCUUAUCACCUCCUUGGACUCAGCUGGAAAGAAGAGAAUAUUGGUGUCAUUAGUGUACUGAUGGCAUCAGAUCCAAGAGAUUUAAUAUUUCCUUUACACACUUUCAAGCUUUGUCUUUCAGACAUUUUUUCAAAUGCACACUAGGAAUAGAUAGCAAGCCAACAGCUUGCCACUCUUCCCCCAACUGCAUCUCUGUUUUUAUGCAGCCAUACUAAGUAACAAUGCUACCCGUGAAUGCUGAAUUCAAUACAUAGUCAGAAUAGGCUUACUACAAUUUUGAUGGUUUACCAACACAAUCUUACAUUUGCCAAGCACUACUUUCAAAUACCGUAAUUCCUCUUAUUUUCACAUCCGUGAAACAGUGGCUUAAGCACCAGAAUAUGUUUUGAAAACCUACAGUCCAGGUCUAUGUCAUUCUAAUUGAAUUAGUGGGGCUUAAGAGUACUUAACCUUGACUGGAUCAUGCCCUUGUUGACUGAUCAUGCCCUGCUUUUAAAAAAGAGUUUAUUACUAUUUUGUUUGGAAAGAUACACUUGCAUCUAGCUGCUCAAUAAGAAUGUUUGGGCACUUGCAAUCAUACAAAAAUGACAUGCCUAGGUCAACUCAUGCAACAUAACUGGUGGCAGAGAACUGGAAAAGUACAACCAGAGAAAAAGGGUUGUUUUAGAACUGAUGUUCCUAAUGGUAUUUUUCUACAUUCAAAAAUUAUAUCCACCUGUAAUCUGGUGGUACAGUCUUUUCUAGCACCUCAUUAUGCUGCAUAUGCAGACUCAGCCUUAAUUUCCCUCAUUUCACUGAACCAAAAGCAAAAAUUAGGCUGCAGUAUUAACCUCUACUAAGGAAAUGCUAUAUCCUAAACGUACCCUAAAUACAUUUAUUCUGGACAACCUCGUUUUUUCUUCAACUCAAAUGCAUCAUGUUUUGGGGUUUUCAUUUUAACUAGGAACUUUGUAACUUAUGCUUUUAUUAAGAUUAUUCUUAAUAAUUUGUUCAUAUUUAGUUCUUAUUCUGUUUAGGGAGUCGGUUGUAAAGAAGAAGCACAGGUUGCACAAGAAGAAACAGAGGAGGAAGCAAAAGAGGAACAGAAGAAUGAAGGGUGCUACCAUGAAAGCUAUGGGGAAAACGUUAGGUGGACAUUUCACUCCAAGUGAUGAAGAGUCAUCACAGAGUGGCCUGGAAGAUUCAGAAGACAAUGGAAAAUCAGAAUAUGUGAUUGGGCACCAGAAUGAGCUAAAAGAAUGUGUUGAGAGUGACUCUGCCAAUGAUAACAGUCUAACUCAUAGUGACUUGCAAGAAGGAAGUGUCAUUGUUUCUGAUAUGGUAGAUCCAGUGUUGGACAAUUCAUUAAAAAGGAAAGCUUUUGCAAGAGACUGUAGUCUACGUCUAAUGCAUUUGCCAUCUGCUCCUAAUGAAAACAGAACUGAACAAUCAUUCAGUGAUCAUUUGCCAAAUGAAAUUAAAAAUGGAAACUUUGUAGAAGGCAAGAGCAACGACUUGGAGUGUGAAAAGCACAGUUCUCUGAAGCUGGACCACGUUGCUGAAAAUAGUACAAAAAUACUGACAAAUAGAGAAGACAAAGACAAAGCUGCAUCUACGGAAGUCACACUUGAAUCUGGCCCAGAAAGGAAACUGCUCAGCGAUGAGGAAAAAUUAGGCGCUCCUCAUCUUCCUGGGCUAUCAAAAAAGAAUGAGGGAAAUACCUGGACUUUCUUUUCUAUUGACUUGGCUGACAAACACCCCCAAACCAUCUUGGACAAAAGUGAUUCCUGUUUGACUUGGCCUGAUGGUACAUCUAAGAUCAUGUAUGAGCAAAGGCCAAAGAGGGAGAGGAGGCCCAAGCAAGUAUUUUCAGGAAUGACAGGAGAAUUGAUUGAAUAUCAACCUAAUAAAGAAUUGGUGAAAGGAGAAGUGUUACAUGGAAAUAACACUAUAACAGAUGGUGCUCAAACACACCAGCUAACAGAGAACACCCAUAGAAUGCCAUGCACUGGGACAGGUGAAUUCAUGACAGAACCUGGAACUAAAACCAGUGAUCCAAACAAUGUAAGCCUUUUAGCUACACCAAGGAAAAAUGGAAGAUGUAAAAGGAUCUACAAGUUGGCCCCUAGCUUUGGUGUACCCAGACAGAUUCCAGUUAGAAAGGACAAGCAAGUACUAAAGGAUAUUGUUGUACUGGUGGAACAAGAAGAGACUUCAAAUGAAGAGGCUAGAGAAAAGAACAAGCAAAGCCUUGGCUGCUAUAAUUGUCCAGUACCUUCUAGUUAUGAUUUAGUAAUAGAAUUGUCUCCUCAUCUUGAUGUAGAACCUCUCUUAUGUAAAUAUUCCAGCCAAUUUGCACAGAAAUCUAUGGACUUUUCAACAAAAGUAGUCGCUCCUCCAAUUCAGAUAUGUACUUAUGUGUCUUGUAGAGCUUCCUUACCUAGUGAACAGCAAGUUGUUGCUUUUGAUCAAGCUGUGGAUGCUAACACAAAGAGGGAGAACAUAUCUUCAGAUGUUUCAACUACUCAGCCAGAUAUUUUGUGUUCAGUUCAAGAAACAGACUCUUCUGCUGAAAACUCUGAAAAGAUACAAGAAGUUAAUGAAACUGAGCAGCCAGAGUAUUCCCCAAUCAAAUAUGAACAAUACCCUUUGAAAACGAAAGCCAGUGUUCUGGGGCUUCCUUUAUCCCUAGGAUUUGCACUUCAACUAGUAGAACAUUUUGGUUCUCCAGGAAUUCCACUGGGUAACUACAAUUUUUUUUGGAAAAAGAGAAAAAAAAACAAGUAAUACAAUUUGGCAAGUUAGGUACUUAUUGCUUAGCAAAGUUGCUUAGUGAGCCAGCCACUGCUGUGUGUGUGUGUGUGUGUGUGUGUGUGUGUGUGUGUGUGUAUAGUUAAGUCCAAAGUAUUACAGUGGUACCUUGGGUUAAGUACUUAAUUCAUUCCGGAGGUCCGUUCUUAACCUGAAGCACCACUUUAGCUAAGGGGGCCUCCCGCUGCCACUGGAGCAUGAUUUCUGUUCUCCUCCUGAAGCAAAGUUCUUAACCUGAGGUACUAUUUAUGGGUUAGCGGGGUCUGUAACCUGAAGCAUAUGUAACCUGUAGCGUAUGUAACCCGAGGUACCACUGUAUUGCUUUGGACUUAACUUUUCCUAAUAGAGACUAAAUGCUCUUGGGUAAUGGUUAGUGUUUAACAUCCAAUAAAUUUAAAAUUCCUCUGGCUAUUUUAGAAUGAAAAUAAAAAAUCACUAUACAUUCACAAAAUAUUGAUUUUAACCCUCCAGUAAGUGUUCUUAAUCUUUGGUUUAACCAUUGCCAGCUUGGCAUUCAUAUUAUUUAUACUUCAGCCUUAUGUGUGGUCUCCUAUCCAUGGGCAUUUCAGUCUACACUUGCUUACCUUCAGCAAUGACAUAGCCUUCAGCGGUUUCUGGAACAUUAACUGAGCCCACAAACUUGGCCUUUUCAAGCGUUACGUUAUUCCUUUACAAGUCUUAUAUACACAUUUGGUGACUUUCCCCAGUUUCCUUAAUUAGGCUUGCGUUACAAGAGCAACAUUUGUAAUUGUAGAGGGAAAUACUGCAGUGGGGAAAAUUACACUGCUGUUCCAUAUUGUGUUCUUCUAUAGCCUCAAUCAUGCCUAAAAUCAAGAUAAGUGCUGAUUUAUUUUAGCAGGCCUGCUCUGCCUACUUGUUUUCAUAGAUGAAUGUGGUUACAGAUUACCUGGGCCCUUCACUUUCUGCAUACUCUUGGUCCCCAUAAUUCUGCUUACAAAGUCCAUCUUUCAGUCUCAACACAGUAUGGAGGUUCAAAUAUUCCCAGUCUCUUUGUAGAUUCUAAAGCAUUCACUACUGCUUGACACAACAAAUUCGAUGCCCAGCUACUGUUUUCAGCAUUUUCUUCCCAGCUUGCUUCGGAACAUGUAACAAGUCUACAUGCACAUACCCACAGAAGAAAAUUAAGCACUACCUGUCAUUGACAAAUCUAUCCUUCAUAAAUUUGUCUUAAGAUUUUUUAAAGCCAUCUAAACCACCAGCCAUGGCCACAUCUUGUGGUUGUGCAAUAUGUUAAGUAUGUGUUAUUAUAAAGAAGGAAUGAGCUGAGGCAUUGUCUGCAGGAUGUCCCGGUUGUAAUGCCCUGGCACCCCUUACCCAAAAUCUGGCUCUAGCAGUAGAUGCUGGGAAGGACCUCUGCCUCAUGGAAAACUGAUGCUAACUGAAAAAAAUUGGGCAGGAUGGACCAGGAGUCUGCAUCAGUAUGAAGCUGCUCCAUAUGGGCAAUGAAAAAAGUGGAUUUUUUGCCCACAUAAAUUCUGUUUUAUACACUACUUCAUUCUCUAUACUGCCACACCGACCUUUUUUUAUUGGCCAGUACAGUGUGUUUACAUCUAUACAGACACUCCCAACACUUUUUGUUAUCUAUGUAGCCUUGUAGGUUCAAAUUAUUUACGGCAACAUCAAGUGAUAACUGCAUGGGUGCAUGAACAGUAGUUGAUCUAGCCCCACAUACUGAUUUCUUGGAUCUCCCAAUACAAUAAUUAUUUUUAUCGGAAUUUGUGCAUACUCUUUGUUGCUAGUUCCCAAAUAUUUUAACGGCACAAGAAGUCAAGAUAUCAGUGCAUGUGUGAGUCAGCUAUGGGAUAUCUGUAUUUUGCAUGCUCAGGUUGUGACACUAGUAACAACUAAAAUUACUAGCAUGCUUCUCGGGUUAUAGUUACUCUUCGUUAUUUGCAGUAUGUAGGUCAAAUAACCACUUUGUGCAAAAUCUUGUUUCGUAGACACUUUAUUACCAGAUGAUUAUGUAGUUCCCCUUGAUUGGGCAACAUCAAAGGAGAUCUAUUUACUGUGGAAGACAUCUGUGGAGGUAUGAAUGUUAGUUCUCCAGCUACCUUGCCAUGCGGAUUAUGUUAAUAACUUACAUCAUGAUAAUUGCUCCACAGCCAUUGGACAAAACAACAUAAGCAGUGAAGGAACAUGCACUGCUUGUUCAUUCUGUCAGGAACAGCUCUAUCUUGAUGGGCUGUUACCCUGUAGAAAAAAGAAAUUUUUAUGUUUUCUUGUGGCAGAAAGAAAUAGAAGACUCGCUUUUUUAAAGACUCGCUUUUUUUAAUAUAAAAAACCCUUUAAUUCUAUUUUAGAAGAAGCAGAAAACUAUCAUAUCAAAAGAAGACAGUUCCAUACCCGGUGAGUAUAGUCUUUUGCUUAAUAGAAGGAGAGGAGGAGGGAGGAAGAGUUCAUACAAUUCCCAAAUUAUUACCAGUUGCAAAAUAUUUUCUGUGUACUUUUGGAAUGUUGUGCUCAGAUGUUACUACAUUUUUGCAUCUACAGAUCUGAUUGAAGCUCAAUGAGUUGUUGUUCCUUUUAGCUACUAUCUGAUAUAGAGUAUAAAGUGGAAAGGUCUUUUUGUUCUUCUGAUCUUGGAAAACGUCAUUGAUUCUCACCUCCUUGAUGCCAAUUUAUUUUCAGGCAGCCAAUAAAUGAUCUGUUGAAAGGUGUUAGUAGCAAUAUCUGCACUGAUCCCGGAGACUCCAAUGUCAAAACAGUGCUGUUCUUCUAGUGCAUAAUCAAGCUAUAGAAUUAAUUGCCACAAAAUGUGGUGAUAGCCACCAACCUGGAUGACUCUUGAAAGUACAGAUGGAUUCAUAGGGACAAAUCAUGCCUCUGAAUGUCAUUUGCUGGGGAACAGUAGCAGUAAAUAGUAUUAUCCUGUGCCCUGCUUGUGGGCUUCUCAGAGGUGUCUGGCUGACAGGGCCCUGCUGUAGGUGUAUCCUCAUUCUGAACUGCAGAAGAUUGGCACAAGGCAGAAGGCCUUCAUGGCAGUGCCCCCACCCCACCCCAGUUGCAGAAUUCCCCUAAAUACCUGCCUGGUGCCCACAUUAAUGUAUUUUUAGUGCCGGGUAAGACCUCUGUAUUCUCCCAGGUUUUAAAUAUUUUUAGUGCGAUUAUAAUAUCACUAACAGUUGUUAUCAAUAUUAAUUAGCUGACUCUGCUGCUGCUGUUGUAGACCCCUGAAAAAAGCAGGAUUGAAGUCUCUGCUUGUAUCCCCGCCCCCCUUGUGGGUCAACUUUGACCCACAAUCCAUCAGAUGAUUGACAGGUGGGUCAGCACACCCACUUGUCAAAGUUGGGCUAUGGGGGAGAUUUGGUCCAGUAGAGCAGAAAGUUCCUUACCCCUGUGUUAUGAUGAUUGGUGUGUUUCACUCUGUGGAGUACUUGACUCUCUAACUAAUCCCAACCUCAGAGGCUUUGAAGUCAUUUAUCUUUGGGUAAAAAUAAAAUAAAGGGACCUAGAGUUGGCCUGGAAAGUUGGAUGAGGAUAUCUGUUGUAGAGAUAGAAAGGGAAAUAAUACAGCAGUAUGUAGCCAGACAGGAUUGCAUACAGCAACAGGUUGAUGGUGGGAGCUGGGAACCAGCCACACUUCCUGGUUCCUCUUGGAAGACACUGAUCAACAGGUAUAGAUAAAUCCAUGUAAGAUUCAAUUUCAGGCUGCUUAUGUCGCUUUCUUUGUAGCUGGUGAAACUGCCCAAGAAGGUUCAAAUAAAGAUGAUCAAGACAGAAAAGCAUCUCCCGAAGCUAAUCCAUAAAUGCACUUGGAAGAAGACCCUUACUUUGUCAAAUAAUCCAAGCAACGAUGGUGGCGUGUUCUGAACUUUUGUCUAAAAAUUAAAUAUCAGCAUAAUGUGCAGAAAGGUACAACAUGGAAUUUAUUUAUACACAUACAUAUGCAUGAGAAGAUCUAUUUCCAACCUGUGUUUCAAUUUUCUGGUUAACUAUAGGCAUCUAUCUUUUCUGUAAACGAAUAUCCAUAGACUGGGCUCCAUAGGAUGGUGAUAUAGCUCCUGCUAUAUUAUUAUCUCAGCUGCUGAGAGCAAAUGUUUAGAUUGGGAUACGAUAUCAUAUCAGAGUGGCAAAUAGUAAAAGGAACUAUUUGCUUUACUUAAAUAAGGCAGAUUUGAGAAGCUUUAAAUAUUGAUGCUAUUAAUUUUUUUCUCAGAUGUUGGAUUCCAUCUGAUAGCAGCCCUACACAUUACAACAAAUUAUGAAAGGGAAAAGUGCAAGGCUCGAGAUCAUAUGACCUCGAGAGCAAGAUCCCAUGUCCUUUUCUCCUUUGGAUAUUGAGUGUACAAGUGCUGUGUGUGCGUACUGCACAUAAACAAAUCAAUCUUAAUAUUUUAAUAUGGAGGUAUUAUUGGCAGUAAUAGAACAUUUUUGCAAAGUCAUGCUUAAGAUGUUUACCUCCUCUUCAGAUAAUAUUCCACAGUCUGGGUGAAAAAUUUCUGGCAUCUGACCACCCAGUUGGGAAGGCAUGUAGCCUUAGGUUUAUUUUUGACUCAUUUUUUAAAUCCUAUGUUCCUCAUAUUUUAAUCCAUAGCAUAAUUGUGUCAUUUCUGCCUGUAUCAAUUGCAAAAAUAUAGCCCUUUCUAUCUGUUACCUCUAUCUGUUAAACUCUGGUCCAUGUCCCGGUCAUUUCUUACACUUUCCCAAUCCCUUCCUCACUGGUUUUCCAUUGUCUUAACUUGGUCCCUUUGCAUCUAUUCAGCUUUCUGAGUGCCAAAAUAAUUCACCAUUCUCACUGUCCUAAUCAUAAGGUGCCUCUCCUUAGAUCAGUGGUCAGCAACCUUUUUCAGCCGUGGGCUGGUCCACCAUCUCUCAGACCAUGUGGUGGGCCAGACUAUAUUUUGAAGGGGAAAAAAAUGAACGAAUUCCUAUGCUCCACAAAUUACCCAGAGAUGCAUUUUAAAUAAAAGGACACAUUCUACUCAUGUAAAAACACGAUGAUUCCCGGACUGUCUGUGGGCUGGAUUGAGAAGGCAAUUGGGCUGCAUCCGGCCCCCAGGCCUUGGGUUGCCUACCCCUGCCUUAGAUCAACACUGGUUUCCUGUCUACUAAUGAAUACAGCACAAGUUCCUUGUUAACUUGAAAGCACUCCAAAGCCAAUUCCUCUUAGCUCUCCAUCCUUAUAUCUUGACACAUCCCUGGUCAUGACCUUUACUCCUCCACUUUCACUACUCUCACCUAUCAGAAGAUUUCCUGCUCCCUAAAAAGACAUCGCCCCUUCCUUUUCCUUUUGCACUUUUCUAUAAAGCCUUUGCACAAUCCCACUAUAUCUCAGCUUGUUACAGAGCCUAAAAAUUGCAUCCAUUUUCUCCACUUUCUCCAUUUCCUUUGUUGAAUUUUUUGGGCAGCAACCAUUUAAAAUCUUUAAAGCACUAUGUACACAGAUGGCACUACAUUAAUAAUAAUAUAGUAAUAAUCAGUGUGAAAAAUACAUAUUUUCUGUGUUGAGAAGUGAUGUUUGCCAGUUGGCGAACUGAAUAUAUUUAUAUAUUCCUCUUCCAGCCAAAAUAAUACUUCAAAAAACCCUGCUCCCCACGAAAACACAGAGUGCCCGAUCUGAGUUAAUUACAAACAUUAUCGUGUGUGUGUGCAUAUUUCAUAUUCUGACUGAAGAUGGCAAUUGUCAAACUUUAAAUCAGCACCAGUAGGCUUGGGAUUUUGGUUUGAUACUUCACUAGAUUUUUUAAAAAUUUUGUAUUACAGAGUUUGCUCAGUUUUGGCUUUGUCACGGAUGGACUCAAGUUAAGUCACCUAUAAUUAAUGGCAACAACGGCAGUGAGGAGAAAUUCAAAUUCUAAAGGUUGUUGAAAACAUGGCCUACAGUCACACUGCUGCUUUCUUUCCAUGUAGCGUUUGAAUUUUGUUUUGAAAUAAAACGAAGCUUUGAAGAA